AUGCUCUUAAUUGUUUGAGAUUAAAUUCUUAAUCAUAUUGACAGUUAACUUGAAUGAUGGUUAAUAUGAGAAAGUCAAUCAGUCCUUCAACCAGAUUCUUAAUUGGUGAUAAUUAUUUUCAAUCUUGUUACAAUUAUCCGUUUGAACAGCAAUCAACUCAAUCGAUUGUUGAUCAAAUUCAACCUCAAUCAAUCAGCCGUUUCCAUGACCAUUGGCGUUUCCUUUUAGUACCAAUAUGUUUGUUAUCAAUUUGUUUCAACCUUACCCACGACCUUUUGAUGAUCACUGGCUAUCGGUCAGUAAUUGAUUCAUUUCCGUUAUUAAUUGGACCUUCGUCUAAUUUGAUUAUGCUGAUAUCGGCAGAUAUUUUGUUGACCUUUUCAGUUAUUUUUACUUUCUGGUAUCCACUUGAUUUCACUCAAUUUGAGGUCAAAUGGUUAGCACUUCGAUUGUCCCCUUCAAACCCUUUUCUGGUCAACAUCUUAUCCAAAAUGGACAAAGAGAUGAAAAUUGUUGGAACUCUUUGUUUUACCGUUUGGCUGAUUGGCGUUUCAACUUCCCUUUGGGUGAUGUUGGUCAAUCUACCAACUGAUUCUGUGCUUACAAUUGACAAUUUGAUUAUUACACUUCAUAUGAUGACCUUUAUUUGUUUACCUUUACUACCUGCUCACAAGUUUUACCUUUUGUUUGGUUCAUCUAUGAUAAUAAGGUCACUUUUUAAGCUAAUUGGCCAAAAGAUUAAAAUUCACACCGAAAUGACCUGGACAACUGACGAACUAACAUAUUACCGAAAAAUGUUCAGUACAACAAUCGAACUGACCAAUGCAUCUAAUGAUAUUUGGUCUCGACAUUUAUCCUUCUUUUACCCUCUCGUAAAUAUUUUUGCGAUAUUAACCCUUUACUACAUAAUCUCUGGUCCCGUUGACAUUUUCCGUUACCUUGUUCUAGGUAUACUUGACCUUACCUUUGCUGUUGUGAUUAUCUAUACCAAUCGAUACAUAAUUGGUAUAAAUGUUGAAGCCACUUCGAUCUAUGAUAUCGUUUAUUGUAAAAGUCUAUAUCAACAAAAUGCUGAAUAUUUAUCAGAGAUUGGCCUUUUUUUGGACAGAAUCGGUCGAGAGGAUGUUGGCUAUUCAUUUGAAGGUUAUUUUGUGUACUCGCCACGAUUAAUGGCCUCACUUUUAACCCUAAUUGUAACAAUAAUCAUCGCUUUCCCAUCAUUCAUAAAAUAGCAGAGUUGACAAUUAAUCACGUCAUAACAUGAUCAACUCAAUUAUCAAAUAUUAUCAAUGUACUCAAGUUGAUAUAUGAAUUCAUGACAUAAAAAAACAAAGAUUAUGAGUUAAUCAUGAAUAAAAAAGGUUUUAUUUUUCAACAUAAACAAGCAAUUAAAUUUCAUUGAUACAAUUAUUUGAUCUGAUUGUCAGGCAAUAAGAUGAUCAUAUUGAUUUGCUAAGGAAAAUUAUAUGUACAACAAUCAAUAUUAAACAUCCAACCCACUUUUCUUAAUAAUAAAGACAAUGAUAAUUAUUGGAAGAGAUUAAAAUUGAGUUUGAAAUUCAUUAGUAAAUUGGAUCAAUUGAUUGUUAUUUUCAGAAAUCAAGUCAAUCCAAAUUGUGGUUAUAAUUAACUUUUGUUGAUCAUGAGAUAGAAGAUUUCACCCUGAAUGUGUAUUACCAUGAGAAACUCAGGUAAAUCAUCAGGUAAAAUUUUCACAAUGAAAAUUGAUGAAAAUUCAAUUGAUCGGCAUCAGUUAACAUCGAUUGUUAAUUAUUUCAAUGCCCCAAGGGUAUCAGGUUUUCUUGAUGAAUAUUCAUUCAUAUUAUUGCCAAUCAGUGUGCUCAUCUUUUGUUUCAAUGUGGUACAUAGUUUUCUCAUACUCUUCGGAGUGGAACCAGCACCGGACACUUCACCUCUAAUAACUGGACAUUGGCAAAUAAUGGUCAUCCAUUUGUUUGCCGAUAUUACCCUUGGGGCUACAAUUUUUGCCUGUUUCAAGUACAAAACUGAUUUUACUCACUUCGAAAGUAAAUGUUCACAACUUGGUCUCUGUGAAUAUGGUUCAGGAUUUUCUAGAAGUAAAUUCAAUAAGAUGAGCCAUGAGAUUAACUUUGUAGUUUCAGUGGUCAUCAUCACAUGGACAAUGGAUUCGGCUAUUUUCAUUUAUCAAAUCGGCACAAAUAAACUUGAAGAUCAGAGUUUAAUCAGCUCCGUUGUUCAAAUGGUUCAUAUUUUCAAUUAUCUUUUAAUUCCUAUUCUUGGAUAUUCAAAAAUCUAUUCACUUUGUUCUAGUUCAAUGGUAAUAAGAUCAUUAUUCAAAUUGAUUGGUGAUAAAAUUAAAUCACAUUCACGGUCAACUUGGACAAAUAAACACCUAACCAAGUAUCGGCAAAAGUAUUCGGACACAAUUGACCUAACCAAUAUUUCCAAUAAAAUUUGGUGCCGUUUUUUGACCUUCUUCUAUCCGAUAAUCAAUAUUUUCGGAAUCGUCGUCUUCUAUGACAUAAUUUCUGGCCCAGUUGACAUUUACCGUUACUCUGUUCUAGGUACACUUGAUCUUUCUGUAGCCCUCAUAAUAGUUUAUACCAAUCGAUACAUAAUCGGUAUAAAUGUUGAAGCCGCUUCGAUCUAUGAUAUCGUCUAUUGUAAAAGCUUAUAUCAAGAUGCCGAAUAUUUAUCAGAGAUUGGCCUUUUUUUGGACAGAAUUGGUCGGGAGGAUGUUGGCUAUUCAUUUGAAGGUUAUUUUGUAUACUCACCACGAUUAAUGGCCUCACUUUUAACCCUAAUUGUAACAAUAAUCAUCGCUUUCCCAUCAUUCAUCUGAAUACCCGAAUAUAUGAAAUAAAAGGACAGUUUUGUUAAUUGUUGAUUCUUUUUAUUUUCUUGUAAAUUAAUCAAGACUUUUAAUCACUAGAAAAAGUAAAACUUAAUAACAAUCAAUUUGGUUGUUCUUGGUUAAUUGUUUAUAUUUGUUUUCGUUUUUAAUUACAAUGGG